UGGGCUCACCACCACCAUCAGAUCAUCAUACAGCAGUUUUUACUAUAUGAAAACCCAUCCAACAUUUUUUACCAGUUGGUGAAUCCUCGUAUAGAAACACAGAAAGAAGCUCCUCUCUCUCAUUCCUCACAACAAUUCGACAAUGUCGGCACUAAACUGAUGAGGACGACGAGGCAGGAAAAAGGGUACCAGCAGAAAGCGAAUUCCAUCCUUUCAUCUCCAGUCAGUCUUGCUUCCACUUUGGGCUUGGUCGUACUCACGUCCAGUCCUCGACAUAAUCGGCAUACCGGGUGCAUUGCUGUUAUUGUUGCAAGAGUACACAUUCCGUCAAGCCGACCGCACGAGUGUGAUACUUUAUUUAUUCGCGAGCUCAUUAUUACUUGUUGUUCAGUGACAUAUUCUUGUGCGAGGCGGAGAGGAUUACUGCUCCGCUGGCGAAAUACAUAAGCCGCCCAAAUCAAUAUUGACGACCACCCCACAGGCACUGAGUUGAAGGUGGAAAUCCCAAAAUUGGUGGCGACCAGUACAAUUUAACCUAAAAAUUCAGCCAAGUGAGGUUGUUUUGUGACGAGGGAGCGAUGAUCAUGAGGAUCGCUUAAGCGAACGUACCAGAGCAUAAGCCUUGUUGGUUCGUUUGGUGGUUGUUGGGCGAGUUGAGAGUGGAGUGGACCGCAUUCCUCAGUGGUCACCUCUCGCAUCGCAUCCCAUCUCAUCAACAAUCUCCCAUCAAAGGAGCUUUAUUAUACAUCAAGCUAUACGACGACCACGACGACGGCUACUACCACCACUACUCCAACUGGGCAACAAUUCAAUGAGGUGACCGAGUGAAGUGAAACUAUUUUUUAACUACUCUCUGCUGCAGUAUUAUUACUACACACACACACCGUGCAUCCGCCGUGGAGGGAUAGAUACAGAGUGAUUGGCCACCAUUGUUGUUGUCCUCUAAUAAAAUAAGAUAAUAAUAAUUCGCGCAUUGGCAGAGAACAAGGGGCAAUUACUCGGCUUGCACUACCCCUCGCCUAAUAUUCUCUGUCACAGGAAUACCUCAUAUUAUUGGCUGAUCCAUUGACAACCACAAACUCGUCUUUCUGUCUGUCUGCCCACUAAUUGGAGACGACGACGACGACGACGAUAUUCAUUUAUUGGGUUCAAUUACUUGAGAGAGAAAUCAAAAAGGAAAAAUUCGAGUUCGACUAUAGGACAAGAGUUUCCACAACUAAUUCUUUAAACAUUCCUCGACAAAAGUAGGAAAAAAAUACUUGAAAGUGAGUGGUUAAAUCAAUCGUGCAAAAGCUGGAGGAUUUCUGAAGAGACAAACAUCCAAAAAUUCUCACGCUAAAGUUUUUUGCUACGUAUUUAUUGCACAAUAAUACGCACAUAAGAAUUAAGGAGGAGAACAACAGCCGAGUGAAUGUGUGGAGUUUGCUAAAUAGUAAAUGCUAAGAAAUUCGAGAGAGAGAGAUGAAAAGUGAAUUAUUGUGCCUCUUAUGAAUGUGAAAUUGGAAAUUUAUUUGCGGUGGAUUUAUUAUGGUGGGAGCAGCAGCAAAGUGAAAGUGAAUAAGUGUGCAUGAGAUUGAUUGAUUUGUCCGCAAAAUGGAUCAUAAAAUUGGACGAAGAAUGGAUUGUGCAUUUGACCAUUCUUAUAUUUUUCGUGUGCCGUUGGAUGCAGGAGUGGAGAUGGUCGAAUGAGCGGCACGGAUUUUUACUUGGAAUUGGAUGACCCGUUGAAUAAUGGGGCGAGGGGAUCAGCAUGCGAAACAACGGGACUGUUGAGGGAGUGAAUUUUAAUACCAGCACGACGACCACAACGACGACAACGACUGUCGCUCAUCACCAACACCAUCGUUGUCUUACCGUCGAACUUCUCACUGGAGAACAAAUCGUCAUCCCUUACGAGGGGAAGACAACAUGCAACACGAUAUGGAGAGGAGUCGAGGGGGAGUUGGUGGCGCGUGGCGUCGUCCAUCCCCAAAUUUUUGGACUAGCCAUCAAGUCUGGAUCCGAUUGGGUGUUUGUCGAUCCAGACGCGAAGCUGUCCAAGUACUACCCCAAUAUUUGCAAAGAGGGCAAGUCACAGAGUCAAACCCAUUUGUCAUCAGCCGGAUCUGGGUCAAUUAGUGACGGGAAGAAACCAGCGUUCCAUUGUCGAGUCCACUUCUAUUUGGAUGCCCUACCCCAAAAUUUUGAUGUCAUUUCCCUACAUCAUUAUUACCUCCAACUUCGCCAAAACCUAAUAUCCGCCCCACGCUUCCCGCCCGCUAGUGUGGUUCAGCCCUUAGCCUAUGCCUUCCAAUUUGAGCUGGGCGACUGGCGACCCUGUCAGGAAUUGCCACGAUGGACGAGUUCGCAACCGCUCUUCUCCUCCCUCGCAAACUCCAUCGUCAGGGCUCACCAAAUGCUCUCAAGCCUGGGGAAGGAUGCGGCACGACUGGCCUUCAUCAGGGCAGUGAUGCCCCAGUACAACAUGCAUCUCUUCGGGAUGACCCUCAAAACCAAAGAAGACAAAUAUGCUCCGGCCUGGGUCGGUGUCACUCCCAAAGGAAUUGAAGUUUAUCAGAACGCUGUUGGCUGCAAUGAGAUUCCUGCUCAACCCAGACUUACGUUUUUGUGGGCUAACAUCACCAAGCUCUACUUUGAGAGGAAAAAGUACGGGAUCCGGGGUCAGGCGUUUCCGUGGGGGAACUCGACUCAGAAGUUGACAUUUACAGCUUCGACCGAGUCGGUACCUCAGCAUCUGCUUCACCUCUGCCGCUCCACCCACCAGUUCCAUCUCUCCAACCACAAGAUUCUCACCGAGUCCCUCAACGGAGGAGGUCAGACGACGAGCGGAGGGGGCAAAGGGUCAUCGUCCCUCGGGGAAGGGAGCACGAGUGGGGGUGGGGAGUCGACAAGCAGCUGCAAUUCCACCCUCCUCAGCUCCUCCUCCAAGAACAAUAACAAUGAGGAAAAGAUGCUGGACCUGUCCCUCUGGGCGGACGGCCUCCUCCUCACCGGCGAGUCCUCAGAGCACCAACGCGUCUCCGUCAUCAGCAACGCGUCCUCCAACACCACGUCAGGCAUCGUCUCGGACAGAGUGUACAGUUUGGAUGGCAGCGAAGCAGAAGACUUGGAGAUGCGCGAGUUGCCGGAUUGCUGUACGGAAAGAGCUCACAAUCGAAAUUCCACAUCCCUUGAAUCCCUCAGUCAAAGGCACCCACCUCCACCAAGGCUGCGUCACAACCAUCAAAACCUCGCCAUCAAAAGAGCUCACAGUCAUUCGCAUCAUUCUCACCUUGCUGCUCCCUCCUCGUCCUCAAACUCCAACGCCACGUCAAACCACAACCACGUCGUCGUCAAUGGGACGUCAAAUAAUAUUUCUAGUAAUAAUAGUAACUCAAAGUGUGGUGCUCCCGGUGGUGAGGACGACAGCGAGUCCAAACACUGGUAUUGUGACUCUGACUGUGAAGACUGCGACGACUCCACAGGUCCCUGUCGCUCCAUGUUGGUGCGAACCAUUGGAGACAAGCGGGGAGGGGGAGGAGGAGGACAGAUGAAUAAGUGUGCUGGUCACUGCGAGUGCAACUCUUGUGUCACGGACGAGGAGCAGGAUGAGGAGGACGAUGACGUGGAAGAGGACGAGUGUGACGGUCACCAUCACUUCCACCACAACACGCCCUCCAUGGCCAGUGAGACCACGCUCAAGGCAGUCGACUUUGGCAGUGGGGUGAGCAGUACGAACAAUAGCAGCAUAAAGUAUGCGGAGGGUGCAGUGAUCGGGGCUAAAAACUCAGACUGUGGUGCCGAAAAUGGGAAACAGAAAGUGCAAAUGAUGGAAGGGGAAGAAACGGAAAGUGUCGUCGUCGUCGGAGGGGAGGUCGACGACAAGGAUGGCGACAACACCGACGACGACGGAGGAGGAGAGAUUGAGGAAUACAAAUUAGAAGAUGAACAUGUGUAUGGUGAGAUAAGUGAGGAUCCUGGACCACCCCUCACCAAUAAGUCGGGCAGCAACAACGGUGGUGGUGGGAUCAUCAUGAGUGGUGAUGCAAAGCUGAAGACUGAGAAGAAGAAGAAGUGCAGGAGAAGAAGUGUAAGUGACCAGCGGUACUCGACCAUUGAAGAUCAAGGGGAUGAGGAGGUCGAGGCCAAAGCACCCAAACCCAAACCACGCUACAGCUGCAUCAAGUCAGUAGAGCAACCUCAGCAGAAGCCGGAAAGAGGGUGCCAGUGCAGAGGAGUGAAGGACAAGUGUUGUAAUCCGAGUAGGAAUAAUAAGCAUACAAACUACAAAAAGUCGGGGGAUCAGAGUAGCAGUAAUUGUAGUGAAAGUAUUGUGAACAAUAAUAAGAGUGCAAAAUCUACUUGUGCCAAAGACUGUAAAAAGUGCUUGUCUGCUUCAACCUCAAACGUCGCCUCUUCUACGGCACCAACAGGCGCUGGUGGGACAAAGGAGAAUGGACUCACACCCAAAGUGGCAUCCCUUAAAUGUUUACGGAAAUCAAAGCCGUCCUGCUCCUCGAACAAUGCGCGGAGGCAUACGAGCAGCCGACAUCACAACCACCAACACCGCGGAGAGAUCAACUUUUCUGAACUUCCGCCCGUCAAUUAUGUGGAGUUUGGAGAAAAGCUGCAACAAGGUCGCUACCCCAGCACGAGAACCGUGAGUGACAACUUUGACACUGACUCGGACUAUGUGCAACUCCCACCCCUCGCCUGGUACCCACCACCACGACCACCUCCCAAGAAACCAAAUUCACUCAAGUUGUGGAAAUGCGUGUCAAAGUCUGCGCAUGGAAAACCCAAGCAGGCGUCACCACCCUCAUUAUCUCCGCCCGUGGUCAAUCUAAGUACACUUCCGCGACGAAAGUCGUCUGAACUUUCUUGCGGUGGUGGUGAUGGUGGCGGCGAAGGCCGCGGUAAUAACAGAGGAUGCCAAAGCAGUCUGGUGACGAGUAGAGUCUCGUCCAGGUCCACUAAUGCAAUCAACCUCGUGGGGCAUGCAAAGCCAGAGCCUCCACCAAAACCUAGGAAAUCUUUGGCAGAUUUGACAACCAUUGGGCGAGGAGAUGACGACGGGAAUCACGAGUACCACAACAUCAAGACUGGCGGUGUUCCAGUUGUGGAUGCCAGAUUCAUUGCAACUAAACCUCAAAUUUUGAUUCAGACGGCAUAUGCAACAACCGCCCCGGUCGCCAUCCCCAGUCAGGCUCAAGUCCUCGUCCGAGGGAGUAAAGUGCUUGGGAAUAUCACUCCUGUCCCAACUAACAGCCAUCUCACAACGUCCCUUCAGCAUUCCCAGAGUGUGGACAACAUUUACGAUACUGUAGCUUCGGAGGAGCCUUCGUCCUCAGGAUUCGCCGUGCCCUCCGCAGUCACCCCGCCACCGUACUACCUACUCACCAAAACGUCUGCCCCUCUCAUCAUCCGACCCAACAACUACAUUGACGUUCACGCUUCCUCCGUCAAGAGCAAGUUGUCCACCAGCACGAAGGGUAAUCUGACCUCCUCCGCCAUUGCCAACCACUACAUCACCAACCCUUCAACCACCACGGCUGCCGGUGGUGGUGGUGGAGUUUUCAUGGGGAAAAACAUUGGAAAUCGGUGCGGGAGUGUCCCCAAUAUCAACAACUUUCUCAUCGGUCUCCAAAAUCUGAAACCAUUGUCUCGCACUCCGAUCGUCCAUCCUGCGGGUGCCACGAGUUGUCUCACUCUGAACAACAACAAUCAUCAUGGGUCCACCCAAUCUCACGCCCAAUGUAUGCAGGGUCAAAUGCAACAACCAAAUAGUGCCUCCAACACCACCACCACCACGUCGUCCUGCUCAUCCUCUUCAGGAGCAUGUCUCAAUAAUAACAACAAUCCGAGAUUCACCACCGUCUACACGAAUCAACUCACGAGGUCACAAAUCAACCGGUACAAAGCACAAUUGUACUCUGACAUCGACUAUGUCAUCUUUCCUCCAAAGGACCCACGGGUUAGUCAGCAAGAGUACUUUGACUCCAAGUACACGUCCUCCACCAACAGCAACCCAAUGUUGAACCCCAACAACGCCGCCACCUCUGCUGCCUACCAGCUCAAUGACAUCCCACCCCCGUACUUGCCCCCUCCGCCACCCUACCCAUCCACCGCUGCUGUCGGCACUUGCUCAAAUGGCCUCUCAAACAUACCUCCUCCACUGCCCAAGAAAAACCCAAAAAUGUCGACCCGACCUCUGCCAAAUCCUCACUCGUCCUCCACCAAUGUGACCUCCUCCUUGAGCAAUCACAGCAUUCCGGCCACAAUGGCAACGACGACGACGGGGGUUCCUCCCUGCCAUCACAACUCGUUUCAGUCACUCUACCACCCUGGCUCCACCAACUCGCACUGUUCAUCCUCCCAGUACGGCUACUACACCGCCACGGCCGUCAGCGGAGGGCUCAACUCUGAGAACCUCCAACGGUUCCUCUCCACACAGAGCUUUACUGGGAGCCAUGGCUCAUCUGCGCCAAUCUACUAUCCCAGCUCGGUCCAGUCCGCACCUCCACUUCCGCCCUACAAGCCCUCGGGUCACGUCAUCAUCGAGAACGGGAUGCGGAAAGCAGUGCAGCAGAUGAUGUGCAGUCGGAACAGCGCCGCACUCACGGCCAGCGACGAGCGGUUGAGGAUGAACAUCAAGCUAUGCCGAUCGGAGGAGUCCCUCUACUCGCAGCCAACCAACGAGUCGAUGACGGCGGCGGAGGAGCAAUUCCAGGCAAUCAACAACCUGCACAACCUUCCCCCACCGCCUCCCUACAAGAGGCCUGCGUCAAACCACCCUACUUUCAGUUCGAAACAGGAGGCGUUCUCCGCGGCAGAGCUGGACUUGGCUUAUCUUCGGGCGAGGUGUCACGCGCUAGAACUUCCACUUCUGCGAGCUCUCUGUUCCGAGGGGGAGAUGUUGAACAAAAACACAAGUACAAAGGCUAUCAUGCAGGCGGCCAAGAACAGGAUGAUUCGUCCAACGGCCCAUGCUCACCCCAAGCUCUCCCUCCCCCCAAAGAACCCUCUCCCCAUUCCCCCCAAACCAAACAACAAUAGUAAUCACAGUAGCAGUAGUAAUAACCAUAAUAAAAAUACGACGACUAACAAAUAAAUUAGAUAAAGAUCGACAUGAUGGAUCAACAAUAUAUGUUAUCGAGGAUAUUGAAGAAUGGAAUAAUGAAGGUUAUGUCCAUCCCACCUAAAGAGUAAAUUAUGUUACAAACUACGAAAUAGUAUUCAUGAGCUGCCAGUGAGUUUUUAUUUGACAAAAAAGCAUGCCAGGAGGACCUGCACAAGUAUUUUGUGUCCUUUCUACUACUGACCAUGUAUUCCGGGUAUUCAAUUUUUGAAGCUUUAAUAUUUUCAUGCAAUUUUGUACAGAAAAAACCUGUCUUCCAUCCAGUGCUUCGCAUAGAUACGUUAUGUUGGAUAGAUAAUGUAGGGGGAAAUAUAUAGUUACAAGUUAGUGUUUUACGGGAUAAUUAAAUACAAGGGAGGGAUAGUUGAUUCAAGAUAUUGUACAAACCCUAAAAAUGAGGUAAAUAAUGUAAGGAAUAAUACUGCAGAAUAAUGAUGUACAUAAAAGUGUAAAUAGUUUGGAAUGGUGUUGGAUAGAUAGAUAGACACAUAAAUAUCACAACAAUAAUGAUACACAAUACGAUACAAGACAACAAACAGUUAAAGCCAUAUACAGCCAUAAUAGAAUAGAUGAAUAGCAUUCCCACCUACUUGAUUACAUAAAGCAGCAAAAAAUGGUUUAAACACUCUGAAUAAUAAUAAUUGUUAAAGAAAGAUUUAAUUCUAGCCAAAGUUAGAAAAAGAAAAAUUAUAAUAAGUAUUGUACUGCUGCGUAUGUACUACUCGACAGUAAUUACCUCGAGGAGAAAAUUUUGCAUGAUGAUGAUGAACGAAGGAUAUUAUUAUUUCCCUCUUGAAAAUCUUGAUUAUUUUAUUUUAAUGUGACUACUAAUUAAUGCAACAAAUAUUUUGAUGUCAUACUCAAUUGUUUCUUCCAUUUCAGCUUUGAUUUAUCUCUACUUAGUACUUGUCAUCAAAAUUGUGUGGGUUGUUUGUUGAGCUAAUAAAGAUUGAAAAUUAUACGAUAUUUAACGUUCAGACGUA